UGCGAUUGUUCGGGCUCGUUAUGGAAAACUCUGGAAGUUUCCUCGCUGUUUAUAAAGAAAACAUGCGGGACGGCACAGCGACUUGAGUGGAGACACGGGACGGACUGAGGACGUGCUACUGACGUUCACUAGCAGCGUUGACAUUCAUACUACACGGGACGCUUUAUGGUCAACAUGGGUAAAGACUACUACGAGAUUUUGGGAAUUAAGAAAGGAGCGUCGGAGGACGAAAUAAAGAAAGCCUAUCGUAAGCAGGCCCUGCGUUAUCACCCCGACAAAAACAAAUCACCGGGAGCUGAGGAGAAAUUUAAAGAAAUUGCAGAAGCUUAUGACGUUUUGAGCGACCCGAAGAAAAAAGAUAUCUACGAUCGUUACGGCGAAGAAGGUCUGAAAGGCGGAGGUCUCCCAGGCGGCGGCGGUGGUCCUGGCACCUUCAGCUACACCUUCCAGGGUGACCCUCAUGCCAUCUUUGCAGAGUUCUUUGGUGGACGUAACCCCUUUGAACAGUUCUUUGGUGGCCGCAAUGGAGGGAUGGAUGAAGACAUGGACACUGAUGACCCAUUUUCCCGCUUUGGGAUGGGGGGCAGUGGAAUGGGCGGUUUCCCCCGCUCCUUCAGCUCUGGUAUGGGAGGAAUGGGCAGUCAGAGUAGCGUUGUAAAGAAGCAGCAGGACCCCCCUGUGGUUCACGAUCUCCGGGUCACCUUGGAGGAAGUGUUGUCCGGUUGCACAAAGAAAAUGAAGAUCUCUCGUAAGAGGCUCAACCCUGACAGAAGGACGAUAAGGACAGAAGAAAAAAUCCUGGAAGUGCAGAUAAAGAAGGGCUGGAAAGAGGGCACUAAGAUCACGUUUCCUAAAGAGGGGGAUGAGACUCCUACUAACAUUCCAGCUGACAUAGUCUUUGUAUUGAAGGACAAGCCACAUCCGGUGUUCAAACGUGACGGCUCAGACAUAAUUUACACCUCCAAGAUAUCACUGAGAGAUGCCUUGUGCGGCUGCACAGUCAACGCACCCACACUAGAUGGCAGAACAGUUACCGUGUCAUCAACAGAUAUUGUGCAGCCAGGUAUGAAGCGACGAGUCAGCGGGGAGGGACUUCCUUAUCCCAAACGGCCUGAUCGUAGAGGUGACCUGAUAGUGGAGUUUGAAGUCAAGUUCCCUGAACGUCUCAGUCAGAGCGCCCGAGACACCAUCGCCCAGGUCCUCCCACGGUCUUAAACAGGACAAACAGACUUGCGGGACUCUAAACUGGCAACAUUUUCCCCGUCAACAUAUGGACAUUCAUGUGGAAGUUACAUGCACAAACGACCAUAAACUAAAGACUCGUGUGUCAGAGCAUACACAUUCACAGUGUACAGGCCACCUUCAGAAAGCUGCUUACCAUGAAUGAGUGGAGCGUUACGUGUAAAUAUUUGACCAUUUUGAAUGGUGGUUUGGUAACUGAAUAGGAUUAUAUUUUCAUUAAGAGAAGUGUAUUAUAGUGGUGCACUAUUACAUGGAACUGUUUUGUUCAUAAUAAAAGUUCACAUCGAGUAA